AUGGAAGUAAUGGAAGUGAUGGAAGUCCCAGAAGAGGUUUGUAAUUACAGUCCUUACUCACCUGAAGUCUUAGAAGCAGUUCGUUAUACAUCUUUCGUGUUGAUUACACUUUCCUGCAUCCUAGGAUUAGUGGGCAAUGCUGUCGUCAUCGCUGUUACCGGAUUCAUCAUGAAGAGAAAAAAUAGUCAAAUCUGGUUUCUAAAUUUGGCUGUGGCUGAUUUUUCCUUUUCCCUCCUUCUUGGGAUUUAUGCUCAUUAUAUUUUCACAGAGAACUGGCAGUUUGGAUCAUAUUUAUGUAAAAUCUCUAAUUAUGCUUCCACGUGUAAUAUGUAUGUAAGUGUUUUCAUCAUCACGGCUCUGACUAUUGACCGUGUCUUAUCAGUGGCCAAACCAAUAUGGCACCAUAAGAAUUUCUCUGUAAGGUUUUGUUGCUGGAUCUGCGCUGCUAUUUGGAUACUAACAGCUCUGGUCAGUCUUCCAGUGUUACUAUUAAGUGAUGAGAUUCAGUACGGUGACAAAAUGCAUUGCAGAAUAGUCAUUGCUAAACCUUCCUAUGCUGCUCACAAUAUUCAUAAAAGAGAUGUAAAUUACAGCCUGGAAUACUACCAUGUAUCAAAAGAGCACAGCUACAAUAAUAGUGGAGUGGUACAUAGCAGUGAAACCAACCAUACCAUGCCAGUACUCAGUAUUGUAAUUCCAAUGACAAAAAUAUAUUCUAUAAAUACUUCAAGUGCUACAUAUACUUUUGAGAAUAUUAAGAAUGCUACAACAACAUCUUGUACCGUUGACCUCAGGGAGCUCAGGGACACGGCAUUUUCAACAGGCUGCAUUGUUAUCCCGUGUCUAGUUCUUGGUUACUUUAUCCCAUUGGCCGUCAUUCUGGUUUCCAAUCUAAUCAUUGCUCAGCAAGGGGGGAAAUCUCAGUCUGUGAAGAGCCCCAGACUAUAUAGAAUUAUAAUUAUGAUAGUCCUGUUCUUUUUCUUAACAUGGACCCCACUGAUCACAGCUCAGAUUAUUUUGCUAGCUGCUCUUUAUAGUGAGAAUUUAAUACUGAUCUAUAGAAUGUACUGGGUGAUGCCACUUGUGUCCAGCAUAGCCUUUAGUAACAGCUGCAUAAACCCCAUCAUAUAUGUACUGGUUGGCACACAGGCUAGGAAAGCUCUUUCUGAUUUUAUGAGCACACGACUGUCUUUUUUAAGUGGUACCCAAAGCUCUGGAUGAUAUAUUGCCUUUGAUUCAAUUCACUAGCUAAACUUCUGCAGACAUAUACUGUUCUCUUAAAAAUCAUACCUAUUGUUAUGUCCUCCCCUUGUACUCAUUCCCUUGUGCAAUGGUGCCAGUCAACAAAAAACUGUGUCUGGGGGGCACAGUGUAAUAGUAAUUCCCUUGUGCAGUAUAGUAAGGAAACUGUUAUAUUUGACCAUCAUCUAAAGUGGAU